AUGUUUGGACACUUCAGGCUCAAGAGUAUACCGAAACGUCUGUUUCAUAGCACGGCACCUCUUCGACUGGAAUUACCAAAGGAAUAUGAGUCGCUAAAACUCUCGCAGGUACCAGAUCUCCCCGUCCAUAAGACAGUCCCGUUGUCCAGCCAAAGCUUCAAAGGUAAGACCACAAUAGACCCAGAAAAGUCGCCAUUGGUUCUUCUCCAUGGACUUUUUGGAGCAAAACAGAACUACAGCUCUGUCGGAAGACAUAUUUGUGCAGCCACAGCCAGAAACGUCAUCGGUAUCGACUUGAGAAACCACGGCUCCACCAUUCAUGCUGCCCCACAUGAUUACUUACACAUGACGAACGAUACCAUCAAGCAUAUCGAGGAUAUGGGCACCUCGGUGGUGUUGGCAGGCCAUCUGAUGGGUGCAAAGGUGGCUAUGUUGGUGAGUUUGUUGCGGCCCGAAUUGGUGGAGAAGUUGGUGGUAAUUGAUAACAGUCCUGCCAGCCAGAAUCUCGGGAGCCAGUUCACAAAGGACUUGCUAGGGAUGUGUCAUGUCGAGAGAGACCGGUCACUUCGAGAUUUGCCUCAGGCGGCCAAAUUGCUGAAAAUAGAUAAACUUCUCUUCAAGUAUGAGAAGAGCUCCUUAGUUCGUCUCUUUUUGAUGUCCAAUCUUCAUCGGAGGGCAUCGAAGCAUGAUAACCUGCCAGUAAAGUUCCGAGUACCGGUUCUCAACUUUUUGAAGAUGAAAACUUUGGAUGCCAUGGGCCAAUGGCCUGAUUCGGUGGAGAAGUUGAAGUAUCAUGGACCAGUGAAGGUAAUGCGGGGCACACAGUCAGACUUUGUUAAGGACAUUGAGGUUUUUUCCAAGCAUUUCACAGAUGUUCUGGUGACAGAUUUUGAUUCUGGCCACUGGCUAGUAAGUGAAAGGCCGAACCAAUUUGUAGAGGAAAUGGUUGCAUUUACUGAGUCAUCUUAA